CUCCAAUCAAAGAGGAUUCAAGUAGGGUCUUGAAUGUCGUGCACAAUAAUUUCCGAGAUGAUGUCGAAAGUUGCUUUUGUAUGGUUUGCGAUGUUUUGGUGUAUAUUUCUGCAACCCGUUAACGUUGCGAUUGUGGGAUUGUUUCCAAUAUUCUUAUGUCCGUUACUCGGCAUCACUGAUUCAAAUACAAUUUGCGCCCAAUAUUUGGAUUCCUACGUUAUCCUGUUAAUUGUUGGAAGUUGGUGUUUGAUGUUGUUUAACAACAGCGGGAUCACAAGCCGUGGCCUAUAUAAUUUAAUUGAUCCUUCAGAUCUGUCGAUGUCAAGGCUUUUGUUUAGAUGUGCUUUUGCGGCGUUUAUAUUUUCCGCAGUCAGUCAUAGAUUAAUUGUUACGUCGGAAAUAAUGGCAUUAGUUACUCCGGUUCUUAUAAAUACCCAGAGUGCAUACGCUCCGGACAAAAGUCUCAAGAUGCCGUAUUACGAUUACAAUAUGUACCGCUACAUACUGUGUUCUGUAAUUCACACGUCAGCUACGAUUGGUAGCCUUAUCUUUAUACACAAUAAUUAUACGACAAUGGUCGCCUUAUCCAUGUUUAAUGCAGUAAAUAGGUGGAACAAUGGGACGGAGGUCUUCACUCAUUAUACAUAUACAGCAUUUGCUCUCCCUACAUCUAUACUCAUGUUCACUGUUAACUAUAUUUAUUAUUGGAUUUUGCUUCAAGUAUCCAGACAUGGCUCAGUGAUGUCUGAUAAUACUGUCCUACAAAUAACCAAAGGCUUGACCGAAAGACGAAGAAACCUUUUCCCGAGGAGACCACUACUAACAGAUGAAACUCACCCCGUUACAAUGCAUGAAGUCAUGUCUGUAUUUUUCUUUUUAUUGCUGCACAUCCUUUUGUUCACCCGGGCCUCACACAAUAAGUUCGUAGGUUGGGCACGUUCUGACCAAAGCACAGGCCAUUCAUACCCCAUGUUUGAAGACGCAAGUUUAUUUACUGUUUUUGCAAUAUUUCUGCAUAUAAUGCCAAAAGGCUUCAUGUUUUUGAGAUACGUAAAGGCACAUAAGAGACGUUUAUUGCCACCGCGAAAGCCGGAAUCUGGGGUACUCUAUUGGAAAUUCGUAGACAGUAAUACGCCAUACGCUUUCUUAUUUUUAAUGGGUGCAGGUGAAGCCCUUUUACAUACUGUGGUACAUCAUGACGAUGUGAAGGAGUCUGUAAUAAAUGCAUUUAACUGGCUUACAUCCGAUAUUACACUGGGCUUAUCUACGUUUGCCAUGUGCCAGUUUGGUAUUUUAUUGUGCAAUAUGAUGACAGGUACCGGUGCCGCCGUUGUUUACCUCCCGGCCAUUUUGCUUGCGCAAUCAGGACGUCGUCCAUUGUACGCUUUGGCAGGUGGUUUAUCUUGCGCGCUUGGGUUCAUAAGUCCAUUCAGGCAUUCUACUACAUAUUUUACUAAGAAAAUUGGAAAAGUGCCAUUUAGAAUGCUGUUAUUCCACAACUUCUUGAGCACGGUUAUAAACGCAGUUAUGCUAUGGUUGAUGAUAAUAUCACUUGGAGAAUACUUGUUUCUACCAUUUGGUGGGGGUGGGGGUGGCGGUGACGGUGGUGGUAACGGUAGUGAUAGUUUUAAUGGUAGUGAUAUUGUUAAUGGUAGUGAUAGUGUUAAUGAUAGUGGCAGUGAUUCACUACCACCACCAACACCACCACCACCAGACUCGUAGGAAGUGUCUAUACAAGCGCUUGUGUAACUUACCAUUUGGUCACAACCAUUUGGUCCUUCCUUGGUCCUGAUGUAUCAUAAACGGAUGGGCCACUCCUUCUUUUCUUUGUUCCUGAUGUAUCAUAAACUGAUAUUCAAGCGCCACAGAUAGCUUGAUUUUCUUGAAUGUUGAUUCCCAAUAAAACAGUAUAAGACUUCGGUUGAGAUUCAUACAGGACUGCUUUCUCGCGGGACCUAACGUAUCACUAAGCAAACCAUUAGUAGUGUGGUGGGUAUUUUUUAUGUCCCUACCGUACUACCAAAUCGUAGUGCGAUAAUAGUAUGGUAACCAUGAGUAAAACAUUUUUAUAUUAUAAUGAAAAUAUAUGUUAACUUAAAAAGAAGUAGCAUCCGUGCUUCCAUUUCGACGUCAUCUUGUACACUGAGCUUCUGAGCUAGGUGCGGCGAUAACUGCCUGCAGUUAAUGCCGACUGCAUGCAGUUGGUUUCGUCUGCAUGGAGUUGAUUAUACUGACUUUUUUUUAUGAACAACGGUUUAUACUUUGCUCUGUAGUCUGAUGGCAGCUCUCUUGUAAAUGCAUUAUAGUUUAUCUUGAGCAUAAUUAGCCCCGGUUAUAAACUAACUAGGACAGAGUGGAAACAUUGCUAUUACCCGUUCUUCACUUGGCCACUUAAUAAUUUAAAUAUUAAGAGCGUGCUCUGGACUACGAAUGUUUUAAGCCGAUGUUUGAGAUUGCUGAGGCGGAACCACAUAAGUGAAGAAUUUAUAAUAAAAACGUUCUCGCGACUCGUCUUGACUGUGAUUCAUCUUGUGAUAUCAUAAUUCUUCAUCAGUUUUUUUUUCUAAGAAAACAAAAUAUGUUUUGUAAUAACAUUAUUAUUAUCUAACCUAGAAGUUUAGUAUUUUGUGUUAUUUUUGGUUUAAGAACCUGUUGGUUAGACAUACUUUUUUGUUGUACUUUUCUUUAAUAAUCAUUAUGUCAGUUAAGUUACAAUCGUUUGUGUUUGGUAGGAGAAUUUUAUAUCACACGGGGUUACGUUUGUCAUUUACCUGUCGUAGAAUAGUAAUACCAUAAUAUGGUAUGACUAUAGCGUCAGAGCCUCUCGUGGUACCGGAGCAUCGAGUAUAUAACCAGAAAUAGAGACGAAAUGUCAUUUAAUUUGUUAGAAAACUAUUCUGCCAAAUCAUUACGGUGACAACUGCGCUCCGAUUGGCUAGCCCGAAUUUGAAACAAUUGACG